GGGGUUUUCUCUGCAUUGAUAUUCUUCACACCCGUGUGCAGUGUUCUAAGCAUCGUGGUUUCUUCAUAGCUGCCAUGUGCAAGGUUUCCAAGGUUCUACACCAUGUCGUCGGCCAAGGAAACAGAGAGAAGUUUGACGGGGAGAUUAAGCUUUCUUUCUUUUCCAAAAAUGAGAGUUCUCUGAGUUUUUGAGGGUGUCUUUGUUCCAAGUUUUACGUUUGAAAGGGUAAUUUUGACGUUCGCUUGGCUUGUUUUACGUUGACUGCUGGUUCGCACUGUUUUUUGCACUGGAGCUUGCCUUGCAUGGUGACGUAUCGGACCGUGUUGAAGUUUUUUCACCACACUUCGUUCGUAGUUGUAUUAGUAUUCUCGUAUGCAUACACGCGGAGGGUUGGCUGGUAGUAAACUGACGACUAGUGAGUCUGAGGCUCAGAGCCCAGAGGGCGAGUGGGAGAGACAGUGGCGGGGAAGUCGAGAGAGACAGGGCAAGAAAGCUCCGAGGACGCUUAAGCGCGAGCGAUCGUUCUUCUUCCUGUCUCAGGAAUGUCUGGCGUUAUAGACCCCUUGCAGACUCCUUGUGUGGAAGAACAGGGCAAGUCACAAGAGGAUUCGUGGGAAUCUGAGAAAACGCGGUCGCAUUCGCCUCCAUUACUUCCUGACCAGACUACUGUCGUGCUUCAGUGGUCGGUUGAGCAAGUGAAUAAUUGGCUCCUACACAGUGUGCCAGCAGAGCCCGAUCGAUUGAAAGAUAUUUCUAGCAAAUUCAUAAGUGAAGGGGUGGAUGGUUUGACCUUACUAACCUUGCAACGAAGUCAUCAAGCAUGUGCUAGCAUGACUGAUCAAGAGUGGCUUUUAUUGAAGGUGGCCAGACGGUGGCUAAUGACCCAAGGUGAACGUCCGUUGGUUUCUUGGCCAAGUCGUGUUAAGGUCAGAAGUACUGAAAGCUGCGCUACACCUCCCGACACACCGCAAAGUGCAAGAUCUGACAAAAGUGUAAAUCUCAAAGAGUAUCAUGACACAUCAGUUUCUCCUCUAAAACAAUGGAAGUUGCCAAGACUCCAGUGGGGAAAAGACGACCAGGAAGAGGCUCUAGGAAGAGAAGUGCAACAUUUGCGUGGAGAAAUUGUGGGCGCUGAGGAGCGGGAGAAUCUACAUCUCGCUCAAUUGGAUCAUGUUGACGAAGUGCUACGGACCUCUCAGCUUUCUUGCUACCUGCACACACGGACGAGAUGGACAGCUUUGUCAGGGGAACCCCCUGUGGAUGACACAGAUGUUGAUGACUGGUUGCUGCGCUUUGUUGUGAUUCGAGGAUCAUCUAUAUGUUUCUUUCUGCGGGCAACAGAUUUAAGGCCACAAGGCACAAUUAUGAGGAGUGAAAUUGUGGAGGUUGGCAUCAUUCCAAACCAUUUGCAUCACCAAGGCGAUACUAGGUGGUCAGCAUUCCACAUUACCACUUGCCAUGGCCUACGUCUGGAAUGUUCGUCACUCAUUAAGCUUCAGAUCGACUGUUGGAUGUCAGUUAUAAAUGGGGGAUAUAAUUAUGGAGACCUUUUGAGGGAGUGUUCACCUCAUGUAAAUGGAGAGAAAAGCCUUCAUUCCAUGGAGUCGAAUGCAGCGUUUUUUGAGAGAGAAGAAGGUGCUCUUUUUGGGGAAGUCGAUUAAAGUGGCGAAAAUCAUGUUCUAUGCAUACGAACUUCAAUGCAAUAUCUGGCUGCGGAGUUAGGUUGGCAACUGUGCAUUAAGAAGAAAACAGUUGAAUACCUUCAACAAGUCAUAUCAUUUCUUUUGAAAUACGGCUUGGGUAUUCACCGCGAGUGAUUCUCAAAGUCUGGCUGUGCGUAUGCAUUCUAAGGUAUUCCAUCUUUGUCACAACUCUCAAGACUUCUGGUGUAAGCAUCACAAUUCAUGUUUUUGCUAGCAUUGGCAGAGCAUCGACAGAGGAGAAGUUCAGCAUUUUUCGACUCUUUUCACUCACUGCACAGGGAGAAACGUUGCAGAAAACACGGGCCUUGAUACGGAAUCCAGUACCAGUUUGCUUGGUGUACUACAACCUGUGACAGUCGAAGUGUUUCAGCAGCUGUCAAGUGAUUCUUUUGGGUAGCAAUUCUAGGGCUCGAAGUGCGAUCUCAUUGCUCAGAUUUUCCAGUAGACUUCAGUUUGGAAUUAUGCUCUUGCAUAACUGAGAAAUGCCUGUUGUGAUAAACAUUUUACGUUCGUCACUUGGGUAGUUCUCGUUACAUAACCUUUUGUAUUAUAUAGGCAUUGAGGCGACAGACGAAUGAACCAGACUGCUGAGAAAUGUGCUGUAAUAUGCUCUCGCUUGCCUUCAAACCUGACUGCUUGGUGAGUGGUGUGGAUUGGAAGUUUUGAUUCUGUGUUUGAACUAACAGAAACUUGUGCUGUUUU